AUGGCGAUGCGACUAGGUACAUCUAAGCGCUUACUCACACGCUACACGAAGAAAUUGGAAGCAGUCAUCACACAUCUUAAGAAUGAAAGGUUGGAAACGCGCACGGCAACUUCACAAGAAGGCGAAGUACUUAGGGACAGCUUACGACAACUCAACGAAGGAAUAGGUGCAAUAACAGCGUUUACGGAGAAAAUUGAAAAACUCUUGAUGGACUAUGCCACAGAUGUCUCAAGCUUGCAAGACUUGGACGAACAAGAAGUAACCAGCUUCGAGGAGUAUUCCGCAAAGGCGGAAGAAACUCUUGCCUCCGCAUUUGACUACUUAGUACUCUUACAGUCACGCAGACAGGCAUACACGGUAUACACGUCUCGUGCAGGGGAAGCAAGUAACACGACACUGGAAGCUGCGGAAGGAACUACCCCGGUACAACCAAGGCCAGUCAACCUUCUCGUACCACUGGAACUAGAAGAGUACCAGUCUGAAAACACAAAGGAAGCAGAUGCGGGUGGUAGUGAAAUCACACCUACUGCCUCUUCAUUCAUAUCGAAUGGCAAUAACACAGCUCUUUGGGAUAAUCAAUUAAAGCCCGCUCUACGCUGUCCCACAAGUAAAGCGGCAAGAACACUACGGUGUGAAAUAUUUGAGCAGUGUACGUGUAAUCCCGCCGAAACGAAGGCCAAUUGCAAUUGCCUGAAUGUGCCGAUACUGAAGCAGUUCGAGGACUUGCAACGACGAAUGCCCGUAAUUUUACCAUCAAUAACAUUUGAGGAAUCAAUCCAUGGCGUCAAGGCAACCGUUCAGAACAUGCUUUCGACAGAAAUAAUCGUAACCCUGCAAGAAGAUCUACGCACUAACCUCGUCGUAGACAACGACAUCUGUACGGUGGAGAACACACAGUUGAUAGGAUGCUAUAACUGCGAAAAGGGGGCUCAUGCAAAAAUCAAGUGUUUUUCCUCUCGGUCAAGUAAAGCAGAAAUCAUAUGUGAAAGAACAAGUUUCACGGCUCCGUGCGGCAAACAAGGGAUCGAAUCAAUCAUGAGAAUCAGCCCUACUCAAGCAAUGGUUCGCAUGAAAUGUUCGGUCUCAUGCGGACAAGUCGUCACAGCAUUUGAAGUCGGAGGAAUUCUCAAAUAUACUGCAACUUUCGAGGCAAUGUUCUACAAGUGGCUUACGAGCAACCGCGAAAGUGCUUCAGCCGAAAUCAAGUGGCCUGACUUCUACCAUCUAUUUGAUGUAUUCAGUCAAUGGUAUAAAACGGUACUCAUCGCAGGAAUCACACUCAUUGCUAUGCUAGGAAUAACCUAUGUGCUCAUUUCGACCUGUGGACUUAGAUGCGUUAUCAUCCUAGCAAAACUCAGCGCCGCUGAACUCGACGGAGAAACAACAUUCUUAAAGACGAUCCUGAGAAUAGCAAGCCCACAAGCGGAAUUCCUGGAACCCCAGCUCCAAGCCAUCCUAAAAUCGCUACACAAUCAAAAGAAAGUAGCGACGACGCAGAGAACACAAUGGACGUCAUUGAUGGGCGAAGCAAAUUUUUUGCAGUCAUCCACAAACGAACAACUUAUGGUGACCAACAGAUGCCUACGAAGCGCGACGCAGACCAAGGAAAAGAUACUACGACUCGGGACAUGGUACAUCCUCACGGAUAGGAUCUAUGACCGACAAGUACAGGCUAAUCUCAUACCGAGAGGGCGGCGAUUCCAGUGGCUGGAAAAAGGAAAGAAACAAGAGUACGAUGUCAAUGCAGAAUCAGUGCUCAAAAUGGUUCAAAGCCUAAUGAGCUUCACGAAAACGAGCAUAAGCAUGAUGGAAGAUCAUCUAAACAAAGUCGAGAGGCAAGUGAAUGAGAGCGAGGAAGCAAAGCUUGCAGUUCAAUGUAAACAACUGAAGGAACGUAUCCAGGAAAUAGAGCUCGACUGGGCAGAUCAAGUGGAGCGACUCGAAAGAGAAAACAGAGCACUAAAGGAGAAGAUCCAAGAACAGUACGAAGAUAGGCAAAUGGACUGGAGUGCUGAAGUUGAAGAAACAACCGACGGCAGUCGAGCUGAGAACAAGGAACAAGAAAAAGAAAAAGGCCCAGAGCAAAAUGAUGACGCAAUGGAUUGGACGGCUCCAACCGAGGAAAUAGCAAUAAUCGAUCAAGCCGAUGACGAUAAAACAAAGGAUGAUGACUAUGAAGAUGACAAAUCAGAAGAAAAUAUGAUGGAAACAACAUUUUCUACGAUCGAAAAGUUGAUGGACCAGGAGGACAGCAGCGAAAGACAAAGAGAUUACCAUAUUGUUGACGAUCAGAUCACAAAAAGCACACGAUCUGGGUUCAAUCCAUAG